AUGUCGCAUAGCAGAAUAAGACGAGGUAUGAGUGGAUAUAAGGGAUAUGAGACAAAGAAAAUUGUUGCGGCGAUUGAUAUCGGAACUACAUAUUCUGCAUACGCGUAUUCUUUUACAGAUGAAUACCUUAAGGAUCCACAAAAGAUCUAUGCUAAUCAGGAUUGGACAGAUGGCAUCGUACUGAUCACAGUAAAGGCCCCUACCGUGGUACUGUUUGAUUCGAAGGGAAAUUUUCACUCAUUUGGAUACGAAGCAGAGAAAAAUUAUGCAAGACUGUCUGAACUUGAUAAACAUCGUGGCUGGAAGUAUUUCAGGCGAUUCUUGGCAGGAUCUAUGAAGAAACAAAGAAUGCCAGCAAUAAAUGUCUUCUCAGCAGCAAUCAAAUAUUUAAAGGAUCAUUUCAUGAAGAGAUUGAAAGACAGAAUAGGAGACGUACGUGAAACAGAUAUACACUGGGUUCUUACAGUUCCAGCUAUACGGCAUGAUGGCGCGAAACAAUUUAUGAAAGAAGCCGCAAACAAGAACUUUUCUUGGCGAAACCAAGUUGCGUACUUUUCAAUCAACCCACAGGCCGGUAUUCCCGAAGACCAACUAACUUUGGCUUUAGAACCAGAAGCUGCUGCCAUUUACUGCGAAGAGUUAUUCAUAUCGAAAGCAAAAGAGCAAGGGCAGGAAGCACAGUUACAAUCAUUUAGUCCUGGUGCACAGUUCAUGGUUUUAGAUUUAGGAGGUGGGUGUUGCUGA